AUGCUUGCUGGCUGUAUGCAUAAGAAUGGUCUUCCGGAUAAUGAACUAUUCUCUCGUAUACACGACAUUGUUGCAAUUGCUAACUGUUCAAUGCUUUUAUUUUCGUUAUUCAUAAUACUUAGAUCUCCAAAAUCCAAAGAAUCCAAAGCGUAUCGGUAUAUGGCGUUCAGCCAGUACGGAGUACUGUUUGCUCUUUCUAUGAUCUGGUCCUUAGUAACUAAGUAUAACGUAGAUGUUAAAUACGGUGUCGCCUACACAGAAGGAGUUCUUGUUUUCACAAACUUUAAUGGUGGACAAGUUUAUGUGAUUCUAAUUUUCAUUUUUGGAAUGUUUUUGGUUUUGUUACAAACUGCUUAUCUCUUCCGAUUACGAGUCAUAGCUCAUCAAAAUCAUUUUGUUCAAAAUUCUAGAACGUUCUAUGGGUAUAUAGUAGUUAUAACUGUUUGUUUGGCUAUCUGUUCUCCGUUCACUUUUCUUUUUGCAUAUGUUUCAGACGUUACAGCUGAAGGAAACCCAAUCUCAACAUUCAGUCAGCAAGAAAUUGAAUUUUUGAUGAGCAGAAGAGUUAUAUGGUAUCCUUACAACAGAAUCACCAGCUAUCCUUACUUUCUCUCUUUUGGCUCUUCCUUAGUCUGUACUUCUCUGGUUCUCUUUUAUCUAAGCUGGGAAAUAGUUUCGGAGAUUAAGAAAAAAGAAAUCACAUCAUCAACAACAACUCUCAGAUAUUAUAAAAGAGUUUGGGUAAGCUUAACGAUACAGACAUUAGGCACUUUGAUAAUAAUGAUACCGGCGCCUCUAGCAGCAUUCAUUGAACUCGUUCUACCAGUUAACAUGUGUAUAACGCAGACUGCGGUUUGUUUUUUUGGAUGCUGUUUCGGUGUUAAUGCAACGCUUCUACUUCUUCUUAACGCAAAUUAUCGCCAAACUGUAACAGGUUUACUCAUCGAGACGGCUGUAUCGAAAACAACGUCUCAGUUCGUAAAAAUGAAAUCUCGAGUUAAUCCACAUUGA